UAACAGUGAAAAGGAUACCAAAGAAAGCUUCAUCCGGCUCUUCUCUUGCUGAACGUCGGGUCGACGUAUUAUAUCGUUUUCUGUAGCUGACAGAUUGAUUGAAUGGAAGAAAGCCAAAUAUGGAACCGAGCCGAUCCGGGCCAGUCCAAACCGUGUCGAGAAACAAGAGACAGCAGCACCCAGACUGACAGCAAAAUACAAGGUCAUGGCCCCAGGUUGUCAAAGGUAAACCUUUUCACCUUGCUGAGUUUAUGGAUGGAGUUAUUCCCUCAGGAGCAAACAGAGGAGGAUGGUGGUAAUCAGCUCCAUGGGAUGGGUCUGGUGGUGGUGCGGGAAAGCAAAGUGGUGGGACUUCACUGUUCAGGAGCUGAGCUCCACGCUGGACAGGCAGCCAUCAUCCAACAUGGUGCCCGCCUGGCUGACUGUCAACUGUACUUCUCGAGGAGACCCUGCGCUACUUGCCUGAAGAUGAUCAUUAACGCUGGAGUCAGUCAGAUCUCCUUCUGGCCCGGGGACCCUGAGAUCAGCAUUCUGAAGUCCACCUCUAUGAACAAUCCAAGCUACUGCGGUCCGGCUCACUUCAUCUCAGAGGAAGCUUUACUAGACGCUGUAGCAGUAGAGAAGCUCAAGUCCAACAGCCGUCCUCACAUCUGCGUGCUGCUGCAGCCGCUGGCACCCGGCCUGGCACAGUUUGUCACUGAGACGUCCAGAAAUUGUGACUUCACAGAGAGGAUCACUGAUGACGACCCAAGGCAGAACACGGAGGAGCUUUUCAACAGAGAACGAAUGAGAUGCCUGAAGGAUUUCUCCAGACAGUUCCUGGUUCGUAAGUCCCAGCAGCAUCAGGAGAUUUUGAAGCACAUGGGCCUGGAGAAUUUCUGUGUGGAGCCUUACUUCUCCAGCCUGAGAAACAACAUGAGGGAGCUUGUGGAAGUUUUAGCUGCAGUGGCUGCCGGGGUGCCACAGCAACACUACGGCUUCUACAGGGAAGAGUCGUCAGUGUCACUGCCCCCUUGUCAUGAAGAUGUGCCCCAAGAAGUGGCUCGUCACUGCAUGAUCCAGGCCAGGCUACUGGCCUACAGGACAGAGGAUCCUAAAGUGGGUGUGGGCACUGUGAUCUGGGCCAAAGGACAGUCGGCUGGCUGUAAUGGAACAGGGUGUCUCUACCUGGUGGGCUGUGGGUACAACGCUUACCCCGCAGGUUCGCAGUACGCCGAGUACCCUCAGAUGGACGCCAAACAGGAGGACCGCCAGAGACGUAAAUACAGAUACAUUAUCCACGCAGAGCAGAACGCCCUCACCUUCAGGACGCGAGACAUCAAACCGAAUGAGCCAACCAUGCUUUUUGUAACCAAGUGUCCAUGUGAUGAGUGUGUCCCUCUGAUCAGAGGAGCCGGCGUCACACACAUAUACACCUCUGACCAGGACCGGGACAAAGAUAAGGGAGAUAUUUCCUACCUGCGAUUCGGCACCCUAAAGAACAUCAGCAAGUUCAUAUGGCAAAGAAGCCCUUCAGUGUCCUCAGCACCACCUUUUCAUCUUGCCAACGGUUGUGUCGGAAAGCACAGCAGACAGACUGAGAGUGAGAGCCCCAGCAACAAGAAGCUGUGUACCAGCAUGUCCUGCGAAUCACCUGCUGUGAGCCGUCGAUAAAUCCACGUACCUAAAAAAACACCCCCCACAGAGGCAGGUUUUAAGCUUGCGUGCCACAGAUUUGAUCGUUCACAGCUGUAAUAAAUAGAGCUAAAUGUUGUUUCCUUCAUGAGCAUCAAAUCUGUGGCACAUAUGAUUUUACACAUUUGUAUCUUUUCCAAGUCCGGUCAUUACAUGAGUGAAGAGUUGGAAACAAACCAAAAUCAAUGCAAUGCAGUGACCUCAAAGGGACACCACUAAGAGUGGAUUAAUAGAUCCAUCGAAGAUUAAAGAUUAAAAAAUAGGUACAGAAACUAUGGACAAUUUUUUUUAAGCGUUUAUAAGAUACCACAAAGAAAUAAUUUAUUAGUGUGAAUGCUUGUAAAAGCAUUCACAGUAUUGUUGUUGUAAUCUUUAUUCUAUUUUAUUAUUAUUAUUAUAGAUUCCGUACGUUUUUUGUAGUCCUACUCCUUCAAAACCGUUCAACUUAGAAAAACCAUUCAAACACCGUUAGAUUCCUCUUCUUUUGGACACGACUGCUUCUAUUUUUCUCAUUUUUAACAUUUAUAUUUUUAAUUUUAUUUAACUUUUUUCAACAAAAAUUUCCCAUGUAUUUCAAUGGGGAGACCCUUCAAAUCCUCAUUCAACUUACUCAUUUUUAAACUCCUACUACUUCCACAUACAUUAACAUAGAGCCACCAUUCAAACUUUAAAACGAAGACAAGACAUUCAACUAUUCAACUUGUAUUUAUCUUUUCAAUAUCUAUUAUACUUUUUCUUCAGUUCCAGAUUAAGUUUCAUGAUGUUUUUUCAGCCGUUUCAGAGUUUAUAAUGGGUGUGUAUGGGACGGAAUGUUGCCGCUAGAGUGAGACAGCUCAACUGCUAGAGUGGAAGCAGGUCGAAAAUUAAUCUUAAAAUAUUUUUUAAAACUGCUGCUGUGUCCACGGUGUUUGGUCUACAGGUAUGAUUUUACCCUCAAAACGUAGCCAUCGCUGUCCUCUUUCAUCCAAUGUGUUUACUAUUGUAGUAGGUGUUAUGGUUCUUUCAUAAAUGUCACCAAUGCACAGCCUACUCCCUCCAACUCCUCCAUAGACUCUAAUGUUAAAAUGGCUCAGAAGGUUCGUUUGAAAACCAGAAGUACAGGCUGUCUUUACACUGUCACCACGUCCAUAUAAUAAACUCCACAAGCAUGAAAACUGAGAAUUAGGUAGACUAGACAGUGCUGGCGCUCACGGUGAAAGAAUUUUGUCAAUAGGACCUGUACUUUUCAUUUGGGAGCGAUUUGUUUCGACCUGACUUUUCUGUUCAUUUUAAGCAGCAAAAGUGAGGUGCAUGUCUGUGUGCGUGUGUACUGAGCCAUUGGGUGCAGUCACUAUAGCAACCAGGCUCACACCUGCCUGCCUAACGAGCUCUGUCUCUCACUGUGCCAAGAUUCAUCUUAAACACUUCUCUUUCAACUGCUGCUGUGUCCACAGUGUUUGCUCUACAGCCAUCAUUUUACCCUCAAAAUGUCGCCAUCGUUCUUCUCUUUCCAACACCGUGUCUUUCAAAGCUCAUAGAUACAAACUUUUUAAACUGUGUGGAUCCAAGUGGAGGGUUCACAUUUUAGUCAUUCAGUUAUUCAACGCAUAUGAACUUUUAAUAUUCAUUCAGAGGUUUUUUGACUCUGAAUUUUCCUUUCUCAUUUUUAUUGAAAAACCUUUCAGCUAUUUUCCAACUUCUUCUCUGUGGAUUUUAGCUUUUAGCAGUUCAGCACUUUUGUUUUCAGGCGACAAUUUCUGUAUUUUUCAUGUCAUUCAAAAUUUUUAACUUAAAUUCAGCAAUUAAUUCAUUUCAGUGCAUACAUUCAGAUUCAAGCAUUCACACUGCAGUUUCUUCAGAAAAUGCACUUUCUAGUUUAAAAUAGUUAUUUAAACUGUGAUAUGCAGAUCUGUUUGUUUUUGAAACAAAUGGAGGGGGGAAAGCUAAUUAUAAAAAUCGAAAUAAUGAAAAAGUGUGAGAUUAACAACAUAUGUAGCUCCUGGUUGUCCAGGAUUGUCCUCACGGCACAGAAUGGUUUGAAAUAAAUUACUGAUGCUUUUAUUUUGAAGGCAGCUGCUGUGAGAAUGUUUGAAAGAUGUGUUUCACACUGUGAGGAUGUUAUUGUUUUUAAACGCAAGCCAAAUGCACUAAAGUGAAGCGUGUUGAGCAUAUGGAUAAUGCUUGAAUGAAUUUUUAAAAAAUGAUCCUGCAAAGCAGAGAGAACGGUCAAAAGUUUGGUUUUGGAGCGUGAAGGAAUUUACUCGACUUUACCAACUUUAAUUUUCUACAUGAACACACUGUUUGUAUUCUUCUUUUUUUUUUUGUUCAGGUGUAGUAAACAGCGGUUUAAGUGUUUUUGC